GAGCACACACAGGAGUUGGGGGGCGGGGGAGGGCCCGGGCUUGGGGAGGGCUCGAACUCGGGGCUGCUGGGUAGUCCAGGAGGGCGCGGUAAGGCUGGGGUGUCCUGGUGAGAACUGGAGAGGAUCUACCCGUGUCCCUGCCUGGCCAGUGGGGAAACACCGGUCCCCCAGACACCCUCACCUAACCAGAGCGGGGAUUUCCACCGCCCCGCCUGCCGCCCUUUGGAGGAAAGUGAAAGUGAAAGGAGGAAGAGGAGGCUUCAUGGCUGAGGAGGUCGCAGCGCCAUGAAGUCCCUGUCUCUGCUCCUCGCUGUGGCUUUGGGCCUGGCGACCGCCGUCUCGGCAGGACCCGCGGUGAUCGAGUGUUGGUUCGUGGAGGAUGCGAGCGGAAAGGGCCUGGCCAAGAGACCCGGUGCACUGCUGUUGCGCCAGGGAACGGGGGGACCGCCGCCCCGGCCGGACCUCGACCCUGAGCUCUACCUCAACGUGCACGAUCCCGCGGGCGCCCUCCAGGCUGCCUUCAGGCGGUAUCCCCGGGGCGCCCCCGCACCACACUGCGAGAUGAGCCGCUUCGUGCCUCUCCCCGCCUCUGCGAAAUGGGCCAGCGGCCUGACCCCGGCGCAGAACUGCCCGCGGGCCCUGGAUGGGGCUUGGCUGAUGGUCAGCAUAUCCAGCCCAGUCCUCAGCCUCUCCACCCUCUUGCGACCACAGCCAGAGCCUCAGCAGGAGCCUGUUCUCAUCACCAUGGCAACAGUGGUACUGACUGUCCUCACCCACACCCCUGCCCCUCGAGUGAGACUGGGACAAGAUGCUCUGCUGGACUUGAGCUUUACCUACAUGCCCCCCACCUCUGAGGCCGCCUCAUCUCUGCCUCCGGGUCCCCCUCCCUUUGGGCUAGAGUGGCGACGCCAGCACCUGGGUAAGGGACAUCUGCUCCUGGCUGCAACUCCUGGGCUGAAUGGCCAGAUGCCAGCAGCCCAAGAAGGGGCCGUGGCAUUUGCUGCUUGGGAUGAUGAUGAGCCAUGGGGCCCAUGGACCGGAAAUGGGACCUUCUGGCUGCCUAGAGUUCAACCCUUUCAGGACGGCACCUAUCUGGCCACCAUACACCUGCCAUACCUGCAAGGACAGGUCACCCUGGAGCUUGCUGUGUACAAACCCCCCAAAGUGUCCCUGAUGCCAGCAACCCUUGCACGGGCCGCCCCAGGGGAGGCACCCCCAGAGUUGCUCUGCCUUGUGUCCCACUUCUACCCUUCUGGGGGCCUGGAGGUGGAGUGGGAACUCCGGGGUGGCCCAGGGGGCCACUCGCAGAAGGCCGAGGGGCAGAGGUGGCUCUCGGCCCUGCGCCACCAUUCCGAUGGCUCUGUCAGCCUCUCUGGGCACUUGCAGCUGCCCCCAGUCACCACUGAGCAGCAUGGGGCACGCUAUGCCUGUCGAAUUCACCAUCCCAGCCUGCCUGCCUCAGGGCGCAGCGCUGAGGUCACCCUGGAGGUAGCAGGUCUUUCAGGGCCCUCCCUCGAGGACAGCGUAGGCCUUUUCCUGUCUGCCUUUCUUCUGCUCGGGCUCUUCAAGGCACUGGGCUGGGCUGCUGUCUACCUGUCUACCUGCAAGGAUUCAAAGAAGAAAGCAGAGUGAGGGCACUCACUGCCAUCCUGUGGAAGCCACCACCAUCUCUGGCCCAAGCUUCUGUAGUAGCUCCCUAAAAUAAUACCCCAUCAUCUGCUCCUAAUCCCUCCAAUCUCUCUCUACUGAGUGGCUGGAAUGCCUUUUUUUUUUUUUUUUUUUUUCACUUAUACAAGGGAGAAUUUUUUUUUUUUUUUUUUUUUUUUUUUUUUUUUUUUGAGAUGGAGUCUCACUCUCUCGCCCAGGCUGCGGUGCAGUGGCAUGAUCUUGGCUUACUGCAACCUCCGCCUCCUGGGUUCAGCAAUUCUCUGGCUUCAGCCUCUGGAGUAGCUGGGAUUACAGGCACAUGCCACCACACCCAGAGAAUUUUUGUUAUUUUUAGUAGAGACAGGGUUUCACCAUGUUGGCCAGGCUGGUCUUGAAUUCCUGACCUCAGGUGAUCCGCCCACCUCGGCCUCCCAAAGUGCUGGGAUUACAGGCGUGAGCCACUGUACCAGGCCCGAGAAAUGCUUUUUUUAAAAACACACAUCUUACAGCAUUCACCUUCUUGGAGCUCUAGGACAGUGGUUCUCAAAAUUUUUUCUCAGGACUUCUUAAAAAUCAUCAAGGACCCCAAAAAGCUUUUGGGUAUGUGGGUUAUAGCUAUCAACAUUUAUGGUACUAGAACUUAAAACUGAGAAAAAUUUGAAACACGAGAAUACAUAGGCACACAUUCCAUUCACUGUGGGAAUCAUGGUGUCAAUACAUAUCAUGUAGCUUCUGAAAAACUCCACUGUACACUUAUAGAAUGAAGAAGGCAAAAAACUUUUUUUUUUUUUUUUGAGACGGGGUCUCGCUCUGUCGCCCAGGCUGGUGUGCAGUGGCGCGAUCUCGGCUCACUGCAAGCUCCGCCUCCCGGGUUCAUGCCAUUCUCCUGCCUCAGCCUCCCAAGUAGCUGGGACUACAGGCGUCCUCCACCAUGCCUGGCUAAUAUUUUGUAUUUUUUAGUAAAGACGGGGUUUCACCGUGUUAGCCAGGCUGGUCUCGAUCUCCUAACCUGGUGAUCCGCCCGCCUCGGCCUCCCAAAGUGUUGGGAUUACCGGCGUGAGCCACCGCGUCCGGCCGCAAAUUACAUCUUCUUUUUUUUUCUUUGUUUUUCAGACAGUCUCACUUUGUUGCCCAGGCUGGAGUGCAGUGGCGUGAUCUCGGCUCACGGCACGCUCUGCCUCCCGGGUUCACGCCAUUCUCCUGCCUCAGCCUCCCGAGUAGCUGGGACUACAGGGGCCCGCCACCGCGCCCGGCUAAUUUUUUGUGUUUUUAGUAGAGACGGGGUUUCACCGUGUUAGCCAGGAUGGUCUCGAUCUCCUGACCUUGUGAUCCGCCCGCCUCGGCCUCCCAAAGUGCUGGGAUUACAGGCGUGAGCCACCGCGCCCGGCGGCGAAACACGAUAUUGUACUAACAUCUUAAUUUUGUUAUAAAAUCUCACAUACCCCCUGACAUAGUCUCAGCGACCUGUAGGGCCGAGGUUACACUUGGAGAACCCGUACUCUAGGGCCAAAUCCAUUCUUCUUGCCCUGGCUCACUUGUCCCCCCCACCGCCCCGCGCUGGAGCCACUGCCUAGUUCUCCAGCCCUAGACGGUGCUCGCCAGCCCUCCUCUCAAUGCUCAUCACACACAGGGCUAUUCCUUUCCUCCAGUGAACCAAACGCCUCCCGCCCAUCGCCAGGUCCCAGUCCUCUGUUCCCUUUGCCUGGUCCACCCUUGCCCUCCCUGGGUCGCAGACGAGGUCGGCCUCGUCAUUCCCCGCAGACCGCCGCGCGUCCCUCUUGUGCGGUUCACCACAGUUGUAUUUAAGUGAUCGUGUGAGUCGUCGUUAAAUGCCUGUCUCCCCGCGGAUCCUGGGCUCCUCGAGGACCGGGACCGGCCUGUCUGUCCACUGCUGUAACCCCGCGCCGGCAUAGGGACCUAAGGCCCACUGGAGGGCGCUCAUCAAAUAGCUGCUGGAUGUUGACGAAGGAAGCGGCGGCGCAGCUCAGGGAUCUCCGAGUCAGGACGGUUGGCCAGACCGACGGGGUAACAGGUCUAAUCGUGUGGGAAUAAAGUUGUAUUCCAGUGCUUCCAAA